AUGACCAGCCAGUCUCAGGGAAUCCAGCAGCUUUUGCAGGCAGAAAAACGUGCCAAGGACAAACUGGAGGAAGCCAAAAAAAGAAAGGGUAAAAGGCUGAAGCAGGCCAAGGAAGAAGCCACAGCUGAGAUAGACCACUACAGACUACAGAGGGAGAAGGAAUUUAGAAACAAGGAAACAAACGUAAUGGGCUCCCAAAGUAACCUCUCUGCCAAAAUAGAAGAGCAAACAACAGAAGCCAUCCGAAACCUCACAAGCAGCUACCACAAGAACAUGGAGAGCAUGAUGAAAAAGCUCUUGAGCACAAUAUUUGACAUCAGCCCUGAAAUUCACCCAAACUUCAGACCUGCAGUUUAAGAUUCAUUGAUGUGUUUGCAAAGCAAAGUAGCCUUCUUGCUUGAUAAGCAUAAAUACUUUCUCAUCUAUUGUUUCUGUAUGUGUGAGAAAAAAAGAGCACUGAAGCCAAAAGCUCACAAUUUCACACAGGCUUUUGAUGUGACAGGAAUUAUACAGGGUUUCACAAGCAUUUGUUGGAAUAUUGUUUCCUGUGGCUAAGCCCCUGUCA